AUGUCAGAGGAACUGUUUUCCGAAGCACGAAAUUCCAUUGACGAGGCAAGCCAGGUUAUCGGUGUUGAUCUAAGCCCUAUCCAACCCAUCUACGUUCCGGUCAAUUGCCGCUUUGAAAUCGAUGAUCUUGAGGAAGAAUGGACUUGGACAGAGCUCUUCGACUUCAUAAUGAUCAGAUCAAUGGUUGGAAGUUUCAAAAGCUGGUCCGACACCAUCAAGCAAGCCUACGACAACCUGGAACCGGGAGGGUAUCUCGAGAUCCAAGACAACGAGUUUCCCAUCUUCUGUGAUGAUGGUUCCAUGCCUGCAGACUCCCAAGUCCUGAAGUGGACUCAGCUCGUUAUUGAAGCCACGAACAUUGUGGGGAAGUCAAUGACUGUGGCGCCUACCUUCAAGCAGUUGCUCGAGGAUGCCGGGUUUGAGGAUGUCCAGGGGCGACAAGAGAAAUGGCCAAUUAGUCCAUGGCAGCAAAAAGAUUUGAAACAGAGAGAACUGGGAAUCUGCUGUAGAGAGGGUACCUUGGAAAGCCUUGAGCCGAUUUGCAUGGCCUUGUUCACACGCGUGCUUGGCUGGAGUCGAGUGCAGGUUCUGGUGUUCUGUGCAGGGGUUAGAGAGGAAUUGAUUCACCAAAGGGUUCACGGCUACUUCAAUGCGUACGCUGCCUGGGGACGGAAGCCUCAGAAGAAAGCAAGACCAGAGACUACCUAG